AUGCCGUUCGACACAGCGCUCACCCGAGCACUCGGGAUUGAGAUCCCUGUGGUGCAAGGUGGUAUGCAAUGGGUUGGUUACGCUGAACUCGCAUCCGCCGUCUCCAACGCAGGAGGGCUAGGCAUACUCACAGCCCUGACCCAGCCCACACCCGAGGACCUCCGCAAAGAGAUCCGCAAGACUAAAACCCUUACAACCAAGCCCUUCGGCGUAAACAUCACCCUCCUCCCAACCAUGAACGCCCCACCCUAUCACGAAUACGCCCAAGUAGUCAUCGACGAAGGCAUCAAAGUCGUCGAAACAGCCGGCAACAGCCCCGGCCCCGUCAUCAACCUCCUCAAACAACACAACAUCAUCAUCCUACACAAAUGCACCACGAUCCGCCACGCGCAGUCCGCCGUAAAACUCGGCGUCGACUUCCUCAGUAUCGACGGCUUCGAAUGCGCCGGCCACGUCGGCGAGCACGACAUUACAAACUUCAUCCUCCUCUCCAAAGCCCGCCAGACACUAGGCGUCCCCUUCAUCGCCUCUGGCGGCUUCGCAGACGGGCAGGGCCUCGCCGCUGCGCUCGCCCUGGGAGCCGAAGGAGUCAACAUGGGCACCCGCUUCAUGUGCACAGCCAUCGUCGACGCGCAGGAGACAGAUACCGAAUUGGUACUCCGCCGCUGGAAGAACACGUCGAGGCUGUUCAAGAACAAGGUCACCGACGAAGCUGUGCGAAUCGAGAAGACGAGCACGACGGGGAAGUUUGAGGAGGUCGGUCCCCUGGUGAGUGGGAAACGUGGCCGAGAAGUAUUCAUCAACGGCGAUAAGGAUUUUGGCGUGUGGACUGCUGGUCAAGUCAUUGGACUGAUCCAUGAUAUUCCGACUUGUGAGGUGUUGGUCAGGCGGAUUGAGAAGGAGGCGGUGGAGAGUCUGGAGAGGAGUCAGAAGUUGUUUAGGGGGAAGGUUGGGCAGCCGAAGUUAUGA